AUCAACCUAACAUACUUUCAUUUCUCUCUCCUCGACUACUCCAAUCUCUCUCCUCUCUUUUCUAGUUUAUCAUCUUUUUCUGCCAUUUUCUCUCUCUUCAAAUUCUUCAAACCUCUGCAAACAAAGAAAAAAAUGGCAGGUAGAGGUAAAACCUUAGGUUCUGGUACAGCGAAGAAGGCUACAUCUCGUAGUAGUAAGGCUGGUUUGCAGUUUCCUGUUGGUCGUAUUGCUCGUUUUUUGAAGGCUGGAAAGUAUGCUGAGCGUGUCGGUGCCGGAGCUCCGGUGUACCUUGCCGCUGUUCUUGAGUAUCUCGCUGCUGAGGUAUUGGAAUUGGCAGGAAACGCAGCAAGAGACAACAAGAAAACUCGAAUCGUGCCAAGGCACAUUCAAUUAGCAGUGAGAAACGAUGAAGAACUGAGCAAAUUGCUUGGAGAUGUUACAAUUGCCAAUGGUGGUGUGAUGCCUAACAUUCACAACCUUCUUCUCCCAAAGAAGGCAGGUAGCAAGGCGACCGCUGACGACGACUCUUAAGUUAAUAUGAUGAUCCAAUGAAAGAGGAAAUCUGGAUUUGGAAACUUGAAAAAAAUUUGUUGCAUUUUCGUUACGAAGAUUAUAGGAUUUAGUUAGGGUUAGGGUUUUGAAGUAAUCAUCAGUAUGUUCUUAUUUGUGUGGGGGGUUGGGGUUAAUGUUUAGUUGGGUUAAUAUUUAAUAUAUUAGGGGGGUUUGGUUAGAUUUUACCUACUUUUAAUGUGUAUAAGUUUCUUGUUUCCUGAUUUCCCUGACAAUUUUUAUGAAACAUCAAUGAAAUUUGUGGAGGUUAAUCCAAAUCUCACUGUUCUACAUC